GUGUGUGUGUGAUUUGAUUUCAGUGGAUCAUGGAGCAGCGCUCUGACCGCGGUGUGUCGGAGUCUCCUGGCCGCACGGAUGCGCUUCUAACACGGUUACUGUUGCUCCGGAGCGCCGCUGAACGGAACUAAAGCUGGAGGAUCGGAUCGGUACCGAUGGCUGAUCCUCUGCGGAGGACAAUUCUAGCCAAACUCAGGGGCAAGAAACCCAAAGGGAAAGACGCGAGCACCGCGAACCGGCCGAGAGAAGGUAAAGAAAAAGUUUCUCAGACGCAAACAGAGAGAAAUGACAUAUCAAACGCGAUGAGGGCUGAGCAGAGCUGUGCGAUCGCGGAUCCGGUUCCCCGGUGCGCCGGAGGUCCCGCUGAUCGAAGCGAGCGCACCGAGCUGAAGCGCUUCCACACGCCGCGGGUCCGCGGAGACUCGAUCGGCUUCGGCGGCUGCGAUUUAAAACCCAAACGAGAGGCUUUAAAGCUAACAGAUGGUCAAGAUCUAAAGAAUAAAGAGCCAAAUGUUACAUUACUCGAGCAAAAGGCCGGGGAAAACAUUACGGGCGAUUUUAGGAGCCCACAACCUCAAGUGUUUGAUUAUAUAGACGCGGAAAGCGAUCUAAUUCAGGUUAUAGAGAGUUCGCUGGAGUAUCAUGGAGAUUUUAGGAUACAAAGUCCGACUUUUUUCCCCACUGAUCUUGAAAUAACAUUGGCCCCCGGGCUGAGAGACGGGGCCCCUCGACACCACUCAGUCGACAGUGAGGACGACGAUUAUUACGAUAACCAAAUUCUACCCUUUUAUGAGUCGUACACUCAGUUGAACGACCGAAAUAUCGGUGAGCCAAUAUCGGCGUCGGGGUCCAACAAAACCAAGCAAGAAACAGACAGAUUGAAGUCGCAACUAAAAGAGGCGUAUUAUUUGCUAAUAAACACAAUGCAUAACAUCAGUUUCGACGUUCAGGUUGAAGAUAACGGAUUUGUGGAUCAGGCCAGUAGCGCAAGUCAAUCCAACGAUAGCGUUAGCACAGGAAGCGACGGGUCGGAAGAACGUCGGAACGAUUCUGAUUUGCCGGUGUUUGCGUUUAUCAGACGAUGUGGGGUGGGACUGACGGGGUCUUCGCAAAGCAGAAGCUUGCAGAAUAUUCGCGACGCGAAUCCCAAACCGAUGCUCCAGCGGUCGGUGAGCGAUAGCAAGGUGAAGUACUCGUCAAAUCGCAAGGAAGAGCCGCGACCCGCGGUCGCAUCGGGACGCGAUGCACAACUGGCGAAUCCUACAGAAACCCUACCGACGCCUGUUUCGACGCGACAAUCCUGCGACGAUGCAACGGUGCCCAAACAUCCUGGAGUCACCGUCAACAAGAUGCAAGAGUGGAUGCAGAAAGGUCGCGUGCUUUCGUCCGAAAUGAAGCAGAGGAUCGCUGGUUCUUCGCUGAGAGCCAAUCACGUGAGGCCAAAAACGGCGCGACAGCAGACAGCAGCGAUGGAGUUUGUCUGUCAGCGUCAGACCCCGUUUAACCACAUCACCGUCUCCAAGAAACGCCAGUGGCUCCAGCAGAGCUCCGUCACAGCGCCCCCUGCAGCCGAGGAGGAGCAAACACAAACACAGCCGCCGUCUAACUCACUUCUGACAGACCGAGAAGCGCGUCCUCGCCGUCUCCCGCUGCCCGCUGCUAAAGUCAAACACCGGACCGACCCGGCCGAGGAGAACGACGCCGACGACGAGGGCGAGAUCUGGUACAACCCCAUCCCGGAGGAUGAAGAGGCCGAUCUGUCGCGCUGCGUUCCCGUCAUCAGAGUCCAGACGAGACGAGCGGACGCAGACGAGAGACAGACGCAGGACGAGAGCAGAGCCACAGAUCCUUCAGAGCAGUCCACUGGUAGACUUUCUCCCUCUUCUAGUCCCAACCCAGCUAAAAGGAGCACUACUAUCAACUGGUCUUUUCCUGAUAAAAUCAAGUCACCACGGACUGUCCGAAAACUCUCUAUGAAGAUGAAGAAACUGCCUGAUCUGAGUCGGAAGCUUAGUGUUAAAGGGAACCCAUCUAGCAAUGUGGUUAUCAGCAACAGCCAAUCAGAACCCAGGGCUCACUCACCAAAAGUUAAUGGGAUGGCAGAGCUGGGCCAGUCCCAGUCCAGACUGUCCCCAGCAGGUGUGACGACUGCAUUGGCAAGUGGUAAUGUGAUUUGGUGGUACCAUUUGGACAGCAGUGUUUCUACGCAGCACAACUUCGAUAAGAGGAGGAGCAAUAGCGGUGGCGUUCCAAAAUCGGCCAGUAAGGGAGGUUACCUAAGCGAUGGAGACUCACCCGAACUUGUCGCCAAGUCAGGAAAGCACGGAAACUCAGAAAGAAAGAACGGUAAAGCCCGGGACAGGGAUCCCAAUGGGAACGGUGGAAGUCCGAGGCUCCCUGGCACAGAGCUGGAUAUCGACGCCUUCCGUUCGUACAGUUUCUCUGAGCAGCCAAAGUGCCUAACGUACAUCUCUGGACUAAUGAGUCUGCACUUCUAUGGUGCAGAGGACCUGAAGCCACCACGAGUUGAUUCCCGUGAUGUCUACUGCGCUAUCCAGGUGGACUCUGUCAACAAAGCUCGCACGGCCUUGCUGACCUGUCGGACAGCCUUCCUGGACAUGGACCACACCUUCAACAUUGAGCUGGAGAACGCUCAGCACCUCAAACUUGUUGUUUUCAGUUGGGAGUCCACACCACGAAGGAACAGGGUGUGUUGCCAUGGGACUGUGGUUCUCCCGGCCUUGUUUCGUGUGAGUAAGACGCAUCAGCUUGCGGUCCGCCUGGAACCACGUGGAAUGAUCUACGUGAAGCUGAGCCUCAUGGAGCAGAGGCAGAACUCUCUUGAUGGCCAGGGUCAUGAAAUGCAGGUGUUUGGUGUAGAGGCUUGGCGCGUGGUGGAAUGGGAAGCUUCUGGAUUAAUGGUUCCACUGCUCAUCGAGAAAUGCAUCUCUGAGAUCGAGAGGAGGGGUUGUCAGGUGGUGGGUCUGUAUCGUCUGUGCGGUUCGGCUGCGGUGAAGAAGGAGCUGCGGGAAGCGUUUGAGAGGGACAGUCACGCCGUCGAGCUCUCGGAAAACAACUACCCAGAUAUUAACGUCAUUACAGGCGUGCUGAAGGACUUUCUCCGUGAGCUUCCUCACCCUCUCAUCACCAAGCCACUAUACGAGUGUGUUCUGGACUCGAUGGCCAAGAGGCCGCUGCAGAUGGGAAGCGGCGGCUGCGAGAACGACCCGGCUGACUCGGAUCACUCCGUCAGUUUGCUGGAGAUCCUGCCGGAGGUUGAGAAGGCGACCCUGCGGAAGCUUCUGGAUCACCUGAAGCGCGUGGCGUCCCAUCACGAGGUGAAUAAAAUGACCUGUCAGAACCUGGCAGUGUGUUUCGGGCCGGUUCUGCUCAGCCAGAGACAGGAGGCGUCCUGCCACGGGAACCGGGUCUUCAUCGACUCCGAGGAGCUUGCCAGCGCUCUGCACUUCAAGAAACACAUCGAGGUCCUUCAUUACCUGCUCCAGCUCUGGCCAGUUGUGGAUGCUCAGGGUAAAUCUUCCUCUCCGGUUCCUGCCUCGGUGGAGUCGCUUCCAGCAGUGACGGCUGCCGUAAGGAGGAGGAAAGAGCGUCCACAGGUGCUAAAUCUAACCGAGGCGGACAUGGCAGGCGUUUUGCGGCCCAGAGCUGGCCGUCUGGACAGUCCCAGUAACCGCUAUGCCGGGGACUGGAGCAGAUGCCGGGAAACGUACCUCCAACCGUGCUGCCCGGAGGAGGCAGACUAUGACGACGUUCCCAGCGAAGAACCUCCGAACGCAGAACAGGAGGACUUAUUGAAGGGUACUGGAGAUGUAGUCUCCGAACAAGAGUUGUCUGAGUUGGACCAGGCAGUGGAGAGGGUUGAGGAAAUGCAGAUAGAGGAGGAAGAGGAAGUGAGUGAGGAAGAGAAUACAGUAGUUUUGGACAAGCUACAAGUGGAGGAACCUCUUCCCACAAGCCCCUACGAUCAGAUCCUCCCAGAGCACCGACCCAAAGAGCACACCUACCAGGCCUACAUGAAGAUCCAGGAGAUCAGCCCAGUCCUAAGCAACAGGGUCAACCUGCGGGACCUGCAGGAGAGCAUCGACACUCUAAUCGGCAACCUGGAGAGGGAGCUCAACAAGAAUAAGCUCAACAUAGGGUACUGACUCUUUACAAGGACAGACGAAAUAUGGUGGUGAUUCCCUAGAGACAUCAGCGCCAUGGAACGUUCUUGCUCCCAUGCACACUUGGGAUGCAUGUACAAGAAGACAUUCCUCACUUCUGAUUUGUGUUUUUGUUUGUCUCCUGGUCUCCAUGUUGUUGAUCUCGUCAUUGUUUUUCUUCUUAUGAGAAGAACUCAUUGAACCCUGAAGGGUGCACCAGGUGCCUUCAUUGUGUUAAGGUGGUGCUUACGACAGCGAGAGCUUUUUACUUUCUACGGAGGUACAAAACAUUACGAUGAAAACCAAUGCACUUAUGGGGCCUGCUGUUAAAUGCACGGCCAGUUCAGGUACAGGUGUGAAGCCUUAUGGUGGGAGAACUAGGUUCUACAGAUACAUCCCUAAACCAGGGGUACUCAGUCCUUCUCAUGGAGAUAUUGAAUUCCCUGCCCUAACCCCAACCCUAAGACCCCAAACCCUACAUCAGGGAUCUCGAACACAAAUUACCUAUUGUGGAGGUGGUGUUAAAUGGUUGUUUGAGAUCCCUGCACCCUACUCUCUAAACUCUGAAUGUUAUAUCCUAACCUUAACCCUAUCUUGACCCUUACACCCUAAAUAAGGGGUGUCCAGUCCUGCUCCUGGAAAUUCAGCUUCAUCUCCAGCUCUAAUUAAACACAAUCAAACUAAUCAAGGUCUUGGGGUUCAUUUAAAGAGGAGGUAGAUCACAAGGAAUGGAAUUGAGCACCUGACCCUGAACACUACAUUAGGGGUCUUGAAUGCAAAUUACCUAGUGAGGUGGUCUUGGUAGUUUAGGAUCCCUGCACCCUACUCCCUAAACUUUGAAUAUUAUAUCUUAACCCUAUCCUAAACCUUACAGCCUAACCAGGGGUGUUUGUUCCUGCUCCUGGAGAUCCAGCUUCCUGUAGUCUUCAGUUCCAACCCUUUAAACACACUUGAACCAGCUAAACAAAUUACCUAGUGAGGUGAUGUUAGCCGGUAGUUUAAAAUUCUUGCAAAGUGCUCCCUAAACUCUGAAUGUUAUAGCCUAAACCUAACCUAAACUUUACACGCUUACCAGGGGUUCAUUCCUGAUCCUGCAGAUCCAGCUUCCUGUAAUGUCCAAACACACUUAAACUAGCUAAUUAAGGUCUUGGAAUUCACUUAAAGAGGAGGGUGAAUCACCAAGAGUGGAACUGAGCACCCCAACCAAACAACCCUAAAAUCUACAUCGUAAUCUGGUAGUUUGAGAUCCCUGCACCCUUCUCCCUAUAUCUUAACCCUAUCCUAAACCUCACACCCUAACCAGGGGUGUUUGUUCCUGCUCCUGGAGAUCCAGCUUACUAUAGUCUUCAGUUCCCUCCAGUCACACUUGAACCAGCUAAUUAAAGUCUUGAGCUUCACUUAAAGAGGAGGAGGGUAGAUCACCAGGAGUAGGAUUAAGUACCCUAACCCCAAACCUAUGACCCUGAACCCUACAUCAGCAGUUUCGAACGCAAAUGACCUAGUCAGGUGGUGUUAGCCAGUAGUUUGAGAUCCCUGCACCCUACUCCCUAAACUUUGAAUCUUAUAGCGUAACUCUAUCCUAAACCUUAACCCUUACCGGAGGUUUGUUCCUGCUCCUGGAGAUCUAGCUUCCUGUAGCCUCCAAACACACUUGAACCAGCUAAUCAAGGUCUUGGGGUUCACUUAAAGAAGAGGGUGGAUCACCAGAAGCAGAAUUGAACACCCCAACCCAACAACCCUAAAAUCUACAUCAUUAUCCGGUAGUUUGAGAUCCCUGCACCCUUCUCCCUAAACUCUGAAUGUUAUAGCCUAACCCUAUCCUAAACCUUACACCCUUACCAGGGGGUUCGUUCCUACUCCUGGAGAUCCAGCUUCCUGUUACCUCCAAGCACACUCCACACAAACUAAUUAAGGUCUUGAGCUUCAGUUAAAGAGGAGGGAAGGUAGAUCACCAGGAGCAGGAUUAAGUACCCUAACCCCAACCCUACAACCCUGAACCCUACAUCAGGGGUCUCGAAUGCAAAUUACCUAGUGAAGUGGUGUCAGCCAAUAGUUUGAGGUCCUUGUUCCCUGCUCCCUAAACUUUGAAUGUUGUAUCCUAACCCUAACCCUAUCUUAACCUUACACCCUAAACAAGGGAUGUCCAGUCCUGUUCCUGGAAGGCCACCUUCAGCUCCAGCUCUAAUCGUAGUCUUUAACUACUAUCUUUUAACAUUCAGGCAAAUGUGUUGACGAUAACCUUUGCAUGAAGGUGGCUCUCCAAGAGCAGUAUCGGACACCCAACACCCUUUCCAUUCAGAGAGCCACUAAACGCUGCUGGUCUAGUUGAGGUUGUGGUCGUAUGAGAUUAAAACAGCGUCUGUUUGAGUUUUUUUUUCUUGUAAAAAUACUUCAAACGUCCCCCUAAACAAGCUAUGGACAGCUGAACAUGAAUAUGAUUGUAGUAAGUAGUAAAAUAAAUAUUUAAAAAUAGUUAGAACUUUAAUGUAAGUUUUUGAGAAUACAUUUUAAAAAGUAACUUAAAAUUGCUGACGUUUAUUUUGCUUUUGAUGGGCGCUCCCUAAAAACAUACUGAAUAGAUAUAAUUUCACUUAAAAUUUAAAAAAAUGGUAACAUGAUGACACCAUGACAACACUCAGCAGUCCAGGGAUACAAACUCAUCAGUAUUUGACAGACACAUGUAUGUUUGUAUGAAUAUAGUCAGAAAACGUAUUUUCGAUGAUGUACACUUCAGUUUGUGCAUAUUUAAAUGUUCAUCAGCUACCUUGUAGUAUUUGGCCUGUAGAUCAGCCUUAAAUAAAUAUAUAUAUAUAUUUUGUUGGAUCUAUGUAAUGAUAUAACCCACAGUCAGAACUGCGAGGGAUUCUGGGUAUUUUGUGGUCACGAAAGUGCAGGAAAUUUGAGCAUUGCAUGGUCAAAAGCUUUACGGUCAAAAAUUAAGUGUUUCUCAGUGUCUCCUACAGCGGGAUGUAUUUAUGCGUGUAGAUAGAGAUUAUUUUAAUUAUAGUGAAAUUCUGUUUUUCCUCCAUUUGGCAGCUGCUCACGUUUAUGGCUUGGUUGUAAAUUUGCAGGUCUU